UUAGUGUGAGAACAGCCGCCGGGGAGGAUAGACGUGUGCUUGGUCAGACGGAACAUCUGCUCCGAUCGUUUUGAACGUUCAGUGAAGUGACUUAAGUGUUGAAAAGUGAAUUUUUGUUGCGAUUUAAUGAACUUUCUUACGCAAGCGAACUAAUAAGGAGUAAAAAUUAUUUUGUAUCAGUUUUUUAAGCGCGAGGGAGCUGCGCGCAACGAUGCGGAGCGCGAGCGUCGUGCGCGCGGCGACUGGGAGGCCCGAGCCCGCGCCGCAGAGGCCGACGCCGCACGACUCGCGGCCAAGCUACACGCCGCACAGCGCGAGAUUGUCAGAAUGGAGGAGACGGUGCGCUCGAUGCUGCAAUACAAAAGUCGAGUGGAAACUCUAAAGCAGGAGAAACUUACACUAUCAUCAGCCCUUGAGGCAUCGGCAGCUCAUUACCAAAGUCAAUUGUCCGCUCUGUCUGCGGAGAACGAACGGCUGUGCGGGCAGUUGUCGGCGGUGUCGGACGGACUCGGGGUCAACGAACACGAGAAGAAGUUGGACGACGUAGCACAGCAGGUCGUGCGGGCAUUGCUUUCGCAGAAGAGUGUUCGAGAGGAGCUGGGCUGCGCGCGCGCUCGGAUCCGCGAGUUGGAGUCCCAGAACCGGGCUCUCAGCACCCUGCUCGUGAGGCAGCUGCGCCCGCAGCCCAGGCCUUCGCCCGCUACGCCCAUUACGCCCAUCACUCCGCAUACCAACAGGGAACUGCAAGUACACGUAUUGGACGUGGGCUCGUGUGGAUCCCUGGUCUCAUUCCGUGACUCCCCGCCCCCCGCGCCGCCUGUACAGCACCCACACCCCCUCAACCAGGACGACAAGCGUCGUCAUCAGAUCCUGGCAGACAUUUGGACUGAAUUAAAGGGGUUAGAGGUAACGCCGGCUAAUCUAGCACGAGCCCUGUCUGCUGUCGACCCAACUUUAUGGGCGCCGCCUACGAGGCCAGUCACACUUAGUCUUAGUGUACCGCAACCGCAUUCUGACUCCAAUAAAGGUGAUAGUGUUGGUAAAGAGGAAGAUACUGGUGAAGCAUGUGAAGCGGGUGCAGAAUCUCCAGAGAGUGGUGCUAAAGACGAAGGCUAUUCCACAAUGUCAAGUGACGUCCAAGCUGAUGCUUCACGACAAAGUGACCACGCUGUAGAUAGGGUCCUUCCUGAUCUCAACGAAGCUUCCGAUGAAACUGAUAACCAAACCAUAGUUUCAAUAAAUCCUAGGGAAUCUAGACGACAUGCUAGAAUGCUCGCCGAAGCUGAUUAUGUAUAUUUCCCAAUCGGCGUGGCGUUUGGUGGAGUUAGAGGCAGUUACCCUCCAUCAAGGCCUAUCUUGCCCUUCCAACACGUUGUUAGAAGUUUUUCUGAUUCCCAGUUAUGUUUGAAAUUUUUGGCCAGUACAACGUGUGCAACAAGUUGUCUAGAUUCUCCAACACCCAGCUCAGGAGUUUUAGUGCUAGAUUUAAAACCUGCGCCAGAAAGACCUUUAAGGAGGCCAGCUAUAGUAUCGACCACGAGUUCCGAGAGAGUAUCUUGGGGAAGUACUUUAGAUGAGCGCGCAGAUGUUGCUCAAUUCGAUGCCGAUUAUGUUCAACAUUGGUUAGAGCUUGAUGAUGCUAGGUCUGCGCUACAGCAAAGACAUCGAGAUUUAGCAGAUUUAGAAUAUGAUAGAGCUGAACUAGAAGACUGGAGUUUGUCUUUAUCAUGCGAGGAUCUUAGAGACCGACAGUCUCCUUUCGCAGAUCUAGCAACACCGGGCCAAAUAUCUUUAUCCACUUUGCCGAGCAUAAGAGAAGAUGAUGGUUUAGAGCUAGAAGAAGAUGUUGGUGACUGUUUAUGGAAUGAUUGUGGUUUCGCCACAAUAGAAAUAGACGAAUGUAGAAUAGCAGAUGAAACAGAAAUCUCUGAUAAGCGAUGGGAACUAACGGGAACACAUUCACCAGGAGGAUCAUGGUCAAGUGCAUCUGACGUACCUGAGAAACGUUCGAGCACGGCUUUAAGUGAAGACGGCGAUUGUCCAAAUAUUGGUUUGGAUUUCACUCGAGAUUUUUACCGACUUGUUAAAUAUGAAAGCACGAAAAGUCUAGCAUCCAAUUCCUCUAGAAGUGUCCCGACACAAGAUCAAAAUGGUCAUUUAAGAAUUCAUGAUGUGCAAUCUAUGGCCUUACAAGAUCGAGAACAAGCUCUACAAAAUGUUCUCAAUUUUAUUGCAGAACAGCAAAAAUAUUGUCGUGACAGAGAAGAGUCUGAUUCGAUGUCAUCUCGUCCCGUAUCUGAAAUACGCGAACUUCCACCUCCAUACGCAGCUGCAGACUUUGAUGAAGAAUCCGUCGAUCCACGUAGUGAAGUAUCAGAUGAUAGAGCAAGGCCUGAUUCUUUUGGUAGCUUUUCUGAAAAUGAUUCUUGUGAUAUUAAUGCCGAUAGGCCAAAAAAUUCAUAUAGUGGUAUAGUGUCUGUUUCUGAAACAAGAUCAACGCCAAGGUUCAUUGAAAAAGAGGAGCCAUAUGCGGAGUCCGAUGAUUAUUAUAUGGAAAUAACAAGAGCAGAUAAUGCUGAAAAUGAGUUAGAACAUCAUUUACUCAAAGUUCAAAGAAAAAAUGAAAUAAAUAAAAGUAUUGUCGUAAAUUUUACAGAUCUUAAUACAUCAUCUAUAAAAGAAGAUAAACUUAAUGACCUCGAAUCUAAUCGUAAAACAGACCACAAUUCAGCGCUAAAGGAGAAUACGGUAAACAUUAAAUUAAAUAAACAAGCUUCAAAUGAAAGAGAGGUUGAAGCGACCUUAACCAAAUCCUCUAGUUUUACGUAUCCUGCUGAAACUGAGAUGUCUUUAGUAGACGAAGUAUUGAGUGCUUGCAGACGAAGCACCGGUGCUUUGGUAACCGUCCCUGAAGAAGAAGAAAGUUCAUCUCCAGAAACAAAUUCCCCGCAAAUGACCGAAUCGAACACAACCAGCACAUCUGCAGCUGAAACUGUGAUCAUCAGCAACAAAAACGAUACAAGGGAUGUGAGGCGAAAGGAAAAAAGUAGAAUACCUACUUUUAUGGGCGGAAAAAGGCCCCCAUCAUCACCAAAUCGGACACGUUCAAAAAUACCUAUAUCAGGUAAAACCAAGCCGGUCUCAAGUCAAGCCUCUUGUGUUCCAGAAUCGAUUAUAGUAAAACAGGAACACACUCUUAGUUUUCAUGAGGCAGCAACAUCCAAAGAAGUGAUCGAAGAACUGAAUAGAAUGAUAAGGCAAAGCGAAGGAGCAGUUUUAAGUGAGGUGAGAAAUGAAGAAAAGCCUGAGAAAGCACAAGUACAGAAAGACAACGCGCUUUGGACACAUACUGGAUGGGUACACGUGGAGAAAGAUAUUGACUUCAGUGAUCCAAAGGCCCGUGCGAAUCUCUUAGAUGUGAUGUUAGCGUCAAGUGAUUCGUCUCCAUCAUCAUGUAGCUCUUCUCCAGCAGAACCUCCUCCACCUUACUCGCGGCUCCACCGCCUUCAUCGCUCCAGACGCCAAAAGACUGCGGCCGUACUGCGCAGUCGCGGCUUGGGCGUGCUGCGGUACACACGCACGCGGCGUCCGACGAUCCUCGGCCGCGAAGACUUCUUCGUGCGCUUCGCGGAGGCCGAGCGCGCCGCAGUCGCCACCUUCGACUUCCUCGACGACCUCUCCGGUGGAUCAUCGCCGGAUACCAAAGACUGUCACGAUUAGCAAUAAAACGAACUGAAUAUUUUUCUAUGUUGUGAAACUGUCAAUGCGACCAACGCUCAUGAGCCAACAGCGGCCGUUGGUGAUUGGCUGCAGCUUUUUUGUGUCCGCCCUUAAUGUAGGUGUAGUCGAUUAGAUUGGCUGUAACGACUAACGAAGCACCUAGUUUUAGUGUCUGAGUGGAUCGAUGCCGUGUCGGACCUGUUGAUGAACCGACUUAUUUCUUAUUAAUGUUUGCGCAAUUUAAAUUUAUUUGAUUUAAGCUCAAUCUAGCUGUCGUUUACUUAUUAAUUAACGGAAAUAAUUUUCUUUUGUUUGAUUACUUCUGCAUGUAAGCUUACGCUUCGUACCGUAACAGACGAACUAGGUAAGAAGUAUUGAGUAAGAGAAAGCUGCGGCCUCGAAGUAAUGUGAUAUUUUGUAUAUACUGUAAGUCCCACUUAUUUUCGUAAACAUUUAAAUGGAUUCCUUUUAAACUCGAACGAAGCGUAGAUUUCGGUUAAGAUUUAAGAUUAAUCGUGUAAGUAGCGUACCUACCCAAAUACGUGCCCUUAUCCAAGUUAAGUUAAACAUGUGAGGGGAAGGUAACAUUGGCGCCCGUGGUGGGAAUGCUAAACUGUAGCUGUUAGGUACUUAUGUAAAUAUUGGAAAUGAUUACGUAUCGAGCUAACAAUUAUCUACAUUUUAAUGUUAAGGUUAAUCAUUGUUCUAGUAUGACCUAGUGUAACCUUAUGAAAUCUAUUAAAUUGAAGGGUACUAAAUAUGUUAAGUGUAAAUAUUGUGUUAAACGUCAUUAAAUAUUAUGCUAUUUAUUGAUUUCAAUCAUUUGCGAUCUUUGUGUAUACUUAGAAACAUAUCAUGAUCAUGUAUUAUUUAAAGACGAGUAUUUCAUAUUUUUUGCAGAUGACACAAGUAUAGAAUAGCUCACAAUUUCAUUGACAUAACUUUAUAUCCUCAAGUUGAAUUAUUCAAAGUGCACAGCAUAAUUAUUAAAUAACAAAUCUGAUAUCGAUACUAUUCAUAUUUAUCGAUAACAAUCUGAAAUGUGGGUAGUUGAAAGUUUUCUUAAACGUAAAAACAAAAUGGCGACGAUAUUCUUUACUCGUGUCAUCACUCUACAUACGUUAUGGCUGAAUGUAUUUAAUUGGAUACGGUUAUGAACCACGCGAGCAUUUCGUACGUUUUUGGCUUAAAAAUAUUAUUUAUAAUGGCGGAACCAAAGUUUACGUGUUUAAUGACAAAUUGAGAUUGCCACCACUUGUUAUAAUGCGACACAAUACUACUGUUCAUUUAGUUAGUUACCCUGGCUUUCUUCGAAUGGCGAAUAUGGAAGACAAUAAGGAAGAUUUUUACCUAUUAUAAUAUAAACAAAGCGUCGAUUAGACCAAUAUCUUAUUCUACUAGAGUGUAUAUUAAAUUGGGUAUAUAAUAUUAUGCAUUAAUUUUAAAUUCGGAUACAUACUGUAAAAACCGUCAACUUAAAUUUUUCAUCGAAAUAUUUUUACGAAGCAAUAAAAUAUCCAAUUAACUGUAGUGAUUAUAUUUUUGACAAUUUAUUCGAAAUACAUAUUAUAUGAUAUUGGGGUGUAUUCUUAAUGUAUCCGAAAAAAAAUCUCAUAGAACUUUAUGUAGACUCCUGAUGUUUUAAAUCACUUUACUUUUAGCUAUAUUUAUACACUGUUCCUAUGAAUCCUAUGUAGGUAAUGUUUGCUCCUGUUCCAAUGUUAUGUGACCGAUGAAGCAAAGAAAAAUAAUAAAGGGAAAACUGCGAUCAAAUUCUGCUUCAAAAUAAGGAAACAGUAUAUGUACCAAUAAGUGAUGUAACUGUAAUAUUAUUUAUUUUAUACCAAAACUUGAAUAGUGGUAACUUGUAAUAUUAAUUUUUUACAUCGCAUUUUGCUAUUAACAUUGGCGCUACCUGUUGUGUUGACUCUACACCAUCACAUGAGAGUUCUUUUUAAUAUUGCUAGCCAAACAAAGCAAGACAUUUUGUUUAAAUAAAUCAUAUUAAAAGAUAAAAUAAAACCGGUGUUUACUCUGUACUGUUUGUGUUACUCUGUCUGAAUCCUAAAACGUUUUGGCCGCAAUUAUAUCGUUUAAAAAAAAUUAUGUGUCUGGUGAACUGAAGUAGAAAUACAGGAGCACAAUUGGAUGUUAAGUCGUGUGUAAAAUAUAUUCCUCAAAUUGGGUGCGUAUUUCCGUACAUUAUAACCUAAAAGAUAGAAAUGAUGAAAUAGGUAGGUACUUUUAAAAGUACAAAUUGUGUAGAAUAAUAUAUAAUUGUUUAGUAUACUUUAAUAAAAUAAUGAACAUGGGCUGAAUAAACGAUUCCGUUCCCAAAAUAAAA